AUGUUCAACUUCACGCCCCUACUGGGCGCACAGAGCUCCUCACCCGCGUCGCAGUCGUUGCUGGAGUUCGAUGGAGGCAUACAAAUCUUGAUCGAUGUUGGCUGGGAUGAAGAUUUCAGUGUAGAGAAGCUCAAAGAGAUAGAGAGACAUGUCCCCACCCUCUCAUUCAUCCUGCUUACUCACGCGACCACUGCGCAUCUCGGAGCCUACGUCCACUGCUGCAAGAACUUCCCUCUGUUCACGCGAAUCCCCGUCUACGCGACCAACCCCGUCAUAUCGCUCGGCCGGACGCUGCUCCAGGAUCUGUACGAAUCCACGCCGCUCGCCUCGUCCAUCAUCCCCACCGAAGCUCUCAGCGAGUCCGCAUACUCCUUCUCUUCGGCGCUCACGGGUGGAAAGAAUCCCAACAUUCUUCUCCAGGCGCCUACGUCGCAAGAGAUUGCCGAUUACUUCGCGCGCAUAAAUCCGCUUCGAUAUUCCCAACCGCAUCAACCCAUCCCUUCGCCGCAUUCGCCUCCGCUCAAUGGUCUCACCAUUACCGCAUACAGCGCUGGACACACGUUGGGAGGUUCAAUAUGGCACAUACAGCAUGGAAUGGAGUCGGUCGUCUAUGCCGUCGACUGGAACCAAGCCAGAGAGCAUGUUCUCUCCGGAGCUGCUUGGCUUGGAGGGCCUGGCACUGGUGGCUCUGAAGUUCUGGAGCAGUUGCGUCGUCCAACUGCCUUGAUCUGCAGCAGCAAGAACACCAGUAUGGUCAAGGUGGCUAGAUCGCCCAACAAGCGAGACGAGGCCCUCCUCGAGAUGAUUCAAGACACAGUGGCCAAGGGCGGAACCGUCUUGAUCCCCUCAGACUCGAGUGCUCGUAUACUGGAACUGGCCUAUCUUCUUGAGGAAACAUGGGAGCGGGAGGCAACAAACGCGGAAGGGGGCGGUUCACUACAAAGCGCAAAAGUCUAUCUUGCGAGUCGAACAGGUGGUGCAACAAUGCGAUACGUACGCAGUAUGUUGGAAUGGAUGGAGGAGGGCAUCGUGAAGGAGUUUGAAGCCAGCGCUGCGGAUCAAGAUCGGAGGAACAAAAGCGGCAAAGAGGAAGACCGCGCCAGAGUCCCGUUCGACUUCAAACAUAUCACACUGGUUGAGCGCAAGACCCGCGUAGCUAGGAUGCUAGGCGCCAAUGGACCGCGAGUGAUACUAGCAAGUGAUGCGACGCUCGAGUGGGGAUUCUCCAAAGAUGCUAUUCGAAGCCUGGCGGCCGACGAAAAGAACCUGGUCAUUCUCACUGAAAGAGCUGGCCAACUGGGCGCCCAGAAGAAGGGUCUCGGCCGAUAUCUCUGGGAACUGUGGAACCAGCGCAACGCUUCGCCAGGGCAGGACGCUCCUUCUACAACCGUAGUCGAUGCCGCGGGCGAUCAAGCGCCGCUCAAUACUAUACGGACAGUCGCACUCGAGGGAGACGAGGUUCCGCUUUAUCAGCAGUUCCUUGCCGGCCAGAGACAACGGCAAACUACCAUGGGCGGUGAUAAUGCAGCAAUGCUCGAAACAUCCGCUGAUGUUGUCGACGACCGAUCAUCCACCGAGUCAGAGAGUUCGGAAGGCUCUGGUGAUGGAUACCGAGGAAAAGCCCUCAAUGCGACCGUCGCUCUUCAACAUGCACGAAACAAGCUUGGCAUGACAGACGCGGAAUUGGGUGUCAACGUACUCUUACGCCGCAAGAACGUCCACGACUAUGAAGUCCAAGGAAAGAAAGGAAAAGAGAAGAUGUUCCCGUUCCAGGCCAAGAAGCGUCGAGCGGACGACUUUGGUGAUCUGAUCCGACCCGAAGAUUUUGCGCGCGCGGAAGAGGAAGACAACGCUGCUGGGGAAGCUCUUCGUGGUGAAGGGACGAAGAAGGAGAAUGCUGUUGGCCAGAAGAGGAGGUGGGACGACCUACUGAACAACACCGACACUAACAAGGCCAACGCCAAUCAAAAACGACGGAAAGACAAAGAGGCUCGAGAAGGCGAGGACGGAGAAUCGGACAGCGAACCAGAAGACGAUCCAGACAAAGUGGAAGGCCCAUCGAAAGUCAUCAUUGAGUCGGAAACCCUGGAAAUCCGGUGUCGCAUUGCCUUUGUCGACUUUUCAGGCCUACACGACCGCCGCACGAUUCAACAGCUUAUUCCACUUAUCAAGCCUCGCAAGCUGAUCUUUGUAGGUGGCGAGGAAGGCGAGACCUUGGAGCUUGCAGAGAUCAGUCGCAUAGCGCUGAACGCAAACACCGAUUCCGCCAAUGCCAUCGAUGUCUUCACACCCACAGUCGGCGUUAUGAUCGACGCGAGUGUCGAUACCAACGCUUGGAGUGUCAAGCUCAGCCGCAGUAUGGUGCGCAACCUCCGUUGGCAGAACGUUCGCGGCAUGGGUGUCGUGGCCAUCACUGGUCGCCUUGCAGCUGCAAGCUUGGAGCCAGAAGUCAAGGAAGAGGCAGAUACGCCCGCGAAGAAAAAGGCUCGACUCGAUGCCCCUGCUGUUCCGGUGUCUAGCGACAAGAAUGACGAUACACCGAUUCUCGACGUCGUUCCUACAAACAUGGCUACCGCUGUUCGAUCCGUUGCACAACCUUUCCAUGUCGGCGAUCUUCGUCUUGCCGAUCUGAGGAAGCUCAUGAAUGCUAAUGGCAUGCAAGCGGAGUUUAGAGGCGAGGGUGUGUUGGUCAUUAACGGGACAGUAGCUGUGAGGAAGACAGCUACUGGCCAGAUUGAGAUAGAUGGAGGUGCUUACGGUAAUCUGGAUCCAAGGAAUAAUGAUGCAGCGACUUUCUCUAGGCUUCACGUCGUGCUCGUUUCGUCGCAUACAAAGCUGUCGACUGGCACCGGUCCCUCAAUCUCGCUCUUCAUGCGCCUCCUGCAUUUCGAAAACGGUCAUCUCAGCCUGGUUGAGUUCCAGGGCAACGGCACCCCACCUUACGCCAUUCUUUCGCAUACGUGGGGGUCAGAUCUCGACGAGGUCAGCUUGAAGGACAUCGCAGAUGGAGUUGCUCUGCAAGACAUUACAGAUAGCACAAGCCGCAGGAAACCGGGAUAUACUAAAAUUGUCUUCUGCGCAGAGCAAGCAGCAAAGGAUGGUUUAGAAUACUUCUGGGUUGAUACCUGCUGCAUCGACAAAUCAAGCAGCGCGGAGCUCUCAGAAGCAAUUAACUCCAUGUUUCGCUGGUAUCAAGAGGCGGCAAAAUGUUAUGUCUAUAUGUCGGACGUAUCGAUCAAAGACACCAGCUCCUUCCAAGCCAGCCGAUGGUUCACUCGCGGAUGGACACUACAGGAACUUGUUGCCCCGAAGGUCCUCGGUUUCUACUCGGUCGAGGGCGAGCAUAUCGGUGAUAAAUCCUCAUGGUUACAGGAGAUAGUGAACAUAACAAGGAUACCGAAGCGCGUCCUUCAGGGUGGUAAUCUCUUUGAGACGAGCGUUGAGGAGCGAUUAUCGUGGGCAGAUACGCGUUCAACUAAACGAGAAGAGGACCUCGCGUACUCUCUUUUGGGUAUAUUCGAUGUCCAUAUGCCGCUCAUAUACGGUGAGGGCAGAAGGAACGCCUUCUCAAGGCUCCAAGAAGAGAUAACCAAGUCUCGAAGCGGUGAGGCACACUCUACAGGACCCCAUCCGUUGUAG